UCCCGGGGGAAGAGCGGAACUUGCUCGAGGGCACAGAGUCGCGGUGGGCUGAGCUAUCUUCUUCAGGUGCCUGGCGGGGAAAGCCCAUCCCCUCCGGAGCCCAGGAGGCCGCCUGCGACCGCGCAGCGCACAGCGAUGGAGUCCUCCUGGCUCGAGACGCGCUGGGCGCGGCCCUUGUACCUGGCCUUCGUGUUCUGCCUGGCGCUGGGCCUGCUGCAGGCCAUCAAGCUCUACUUGCGGAGGCUGAGGCUACUGCGAGACCUGUGCCGCUUCCCCGCGCCUCCCAUCCAUUGGUUCUACGGGCACCAGAAGUUACUUCAGGAUGGUAAAAUGGAGAAAUUUGAGGAGCUUGUUGAAAAAUACCCCUGUGCCUUUCCUUGCUGGGUUGGGCCUUUUCAAGCAUUUUUCUACAUCUAUGACCCAGACUACGCAAGGAUAUUUUUGGGCAGAACAGAUCCCAAGUCCAAGUACUCACACAAGUUCUUGAUUCCGUAUCUUGGAAAAGGACUGCUGAGUCUAGAUGGACCCCAGUGGUUCCAGCACCGUCGACUACUAACUCCUGGGUUCAGUGUUAAUAUCUUGAAAUUGUAUGUUGAGGAAAUGGCCCAUUCUGUGAAAACAAUGCUGGGUAAGUGGGAGAAGAUUUGCAGCUCUCAGGACACAGUUGUGGAGGUCUAUGAGCAUAUCAGCUUGAUGACCCUGGACAUACUUAUGAAAUGUGUUUUCAGCCAGGAGACCAACUGCCAGAUAAGCAGUACCCAUGAUCUUUAUGUUAAAACAAUGUUUGAAGCCAACAAAAUCACCUUUUACAGCUUAUACGGUUUCUUACAUCACGACGACAUCAUUUUCAAGUUCAGCCGUCAGGGCCACCGCUUACAAGAGAUGGCCAAAAUUCUACAUCAAUACACAGAAAACCUAAUCCAGGAUAGAAAGAAAUUCCUGAAAGAUGAAAAGAAGCAUGGUAGUACUCAGAAGCGGAAGUACCAGGAUUUUCUGGAUGUUAUACUUUCUGCCCAGGCUGAAAAUGACAACAGCUUCUCAGAUACUGACCUAAGGUCUGAGGUGAACACACUGAUGUUGGCAGGGCAUGACACCACAGCAGGGAGCAUUUCCUGGCUCCUCUACUACCUGGCUCUGAACCCUGAGCAUCAAGAGAGAUGCCGGGAGGAGAUCAGGGGCAUCCUGGGGGACGGGUCUUCUAUCACCUGGCACCAGCUGGGUGAAAUGUCAUACACCACAAUGUGCAUCAAGGAGUCACUCCGACUGGCGCCUCCAGUCCCAUCCAUUUCCAGAGAGCUCAGCAAGCCUAUUACCUUCCCAGAUGGACGCUCCCUGCCUGCAGGAAUAACUGUGGUUCUCAAUGUUUGGGGCCUUCACCACAACCCUGCCAUCUGGGAAAAUCCAAAGGUCUUUGACCCCUUGAGGUUCUCCCAGGAGAAUUCUGAUCAGAGACACCCCUACUCCUUCUUACCAUUCUCAGCUGGACCAAGGAAUUGUAUUGGGCAGCAUUUUGCCAUGAUUGAGCUAAAGGUGGCCAUUGCCUUGAUUCUACUCCACUUCAAGGUGGCUCCAGACCCCACCAAACCUCUUGUCUUCUUGCACCAGAUUGUCCUCAAAGCCAAGAACGGGGUCCACUUACACUUGAAGAAACUCCCCUAAUGUUACAGCCCAGGGUACAAUGAUUAUAUAUAUAUAUCCAACAUAUCCUCUCUAUAUAGGAUAUAUAUAUCCAUUCAUCAAUUUUAUAUAUAUAUACACAUACACACACACACACACACGCACACACAGAGUUUUAAAGUUAAAUUACAGCUAUUGGGCCAAGAAAAUGAAGAGAAAUCAAAAUAUGGUGGGAGGGUUAGGGGUACAUGGGAUGGGGGUCUUUGUGUAACUGCACAUUAUCCAAAACCAUUUCUAGGUGAUAUCCUGUGUCACCCAGAUCUGUUUCUGUAUGAUUUGGGGAGAUUUUCCAAUCAUUUCUGUUUGAUUCUCGCUGUUGUUAAUGCUACAUACCAAGAAUUUUCCUAGGUGACUUCCAUAUAUUUUCUGUUGCUUUUUAAAAUAGUUUUUGGAAUUAUACAAGUAAUAUGUGCAUGUAUGCUCACAGUAAAAGAUAUCCAACAUUCGAAAAGCAUGCAGAGUAAAAAGUAAAAAUCCCACAUCACAUACCCUAUACCUCUCUGCCCUGACCAAACCUACUCAUUUUCCUAAAAACAGAAUAGUUUUGUGUUAAUUUUUUCAGAACUUUUCAUAUACAUUUCAUAUAUACAUAUGUAUAUAUG